GCUCGUUAUCGACUGUGUAGCAAUGCAGCUGACUCAGGGCCAUGCUUUCACCGCCCGACGGGCAGCCGCUCAGCCAGCGGCCCGUCGUGCUGCUGUUCGCACGAACGUUGCUCGCGUUCCCCAGGUGAACGCAGCUGCUGUUGUUACGAAGCCUAACUGGGAGGCGCUUGCUUCAGAGAUGCAGCUCAGCUCGCCGCUCGUCAUUAUGGACCAUGCGUUGAAGACCUUUGGCUCGGACAUUGCCAUCGCCUUCAGCGGUGCGGAGGAUGUGGCCCUCAUCGAGUACGCCCAUCUGACUGGCCGGCCGUAUCGGGUCUUCAGCCUGGACACAGGCCGCCUGAACCCUGAGACCUACCGCCUGUUUGAUGCGGUGGAGAAGCGGUACAAGAUCCGGAUCGAGUACACCUUCCCUGAGGCGCAGGAGGUCAUGGACCUGGUGCGGGCUAAGGGUCUGUUCUCGUUUUACGAGGAUGGCCACAACGAGUGCUGCCGCAUUCGCAAGGUCAAGCCAUUGCGCAAGCAGCUCAAGACUCUGCGUGCCUGGAUUACCGGCCAGCGCAAGGACCAGUCCCCGGGCACCCGCACGGAGGUACCCGUGGUGCAGGUCGACCCUGUGUUUGAGGGCGUGGAGGGCGGACCGGGCUCGCUUAUUAAGUACAACCCCCUGUCGAACAUCACCUCUGCCGAGGUCUGGAACUUUCUGCGUGUUAUGGACGUGCCAGUGAACUCGCUUCACAGCUGCGGUUACAUUUCUAUUGGCUGCGAGCCAUGCACGCGGCCAGUGCUGCCUAACCAGGCAGAGCGAGAGGGCCGCUGGUGGUGGGAGGACGCGGCCGCGAAGGAAUGCGGCUUGCACAGCGGUAACAUAAAGAAGGCGGAUGGCACCACGGAGGCUCGCAAGGCGGAGCGUGACCUGUGGGCUGAGGGCAGCGCUGUGGCAACCCUGAGCAAGGAUGAUGUGCGGGCCCUGGCGGAGGGCAAGCGUGCCAAGGGUACCCUGGCGGUGCUGUAUGCCCCCUGGUGCCCCUUCUGCCAGGCUAUGGAGCCCGCAUACGAGGCCCUGGCUUCUCAGCUGGCGGGCAGCAACGUAACCGUGGCCAAGUACCAGGCGGACAUUGACCGGGAGUUCUGCAACGACAACCUGCAGCUCAAGACCUUCCCCACUAUUGUCUACCUGCCGCCAGACAGCAAGCAGGUGAUCAAGUAUCCCAGCGAGCGGCGUGAUGUGGAUACGCUUGUCAUGUGGGUCAAAACUGUGGCCGGCAAGUAGGCCACAAGGCAACGGCAAGACACAAAAGCGUGUGCGGGAUGCAUGCGGCCGACACCACGUAUCGUACCUGCGCGUCGUAUCUCGUACAUAUAGCGAUCAUAUGACAUCAUAAAGGGUCUAUAAUAAGUGAUGCAGGUGUUCAUGUCAUCGCCCUGGACGAUGGUGGUCCGGUCGUGCGAAGGAUGCAGGCAUGGUGACCCGGGCGGUGUACGGGUUUAAUUUUUGGACAGAAUGACCUAGUCAUGUACACUGGAGCUUGCUGUACUUGAGUAAUGGAUAUGGUGUUGCGUUGGUAGUUUCUUCGGGAUUAUCCAGGAAGAGGAGCGGUUUCCUAAUACAGAAAGCCGAGGGAGCCGGUAGAAGGCUCACAGGUCGGUGACGAAGGCGUGGCGGUGAUGAAGGGUUCGGUGCAUUUGGAACUGCCACCGUCCCUCAGCUGAGGGGGCCAGGAAAGGUAUGUAAUAUCAUCCUCCCGUG